AUGGAGUACCUUCCUAGCCUUCAACAAGAGUUCGAUGAGCACAAACCAUCACUCUUCGAACUCCUCGCUGAACAGCAACUGUCCGACUUACUCCCGCCAUCCCUCCGAUAUCUACUUGCAGUCGCGACACACCGCCACCCGAGAUACCUACUCCGGAUCCUCAAUUCAUAUGACGAGGUCUACGCUCUCGUCUCCCUAGUCGUCGAGCGCUAUUAUCUCCGCACAUUCGGCGGCUCCUUUACAGAAAACUUCUAUUCCCUCAAACGUGAGCGCGUUCUCCGUACAAAGAAUGGCGAAAUCCCGCGCGCCCAAGUUGGCGCCGGUGGCCCAGUCCGCGACGCUCUAAAGUUACACUCGGCCGACGUAUGGAAGAAUCUCUUGGUCAUGGUCGGGAUCCCAUAUUUAAAACGCAAACUCGAUGAAGGAUAUGAUAUUCACGCGGCACCACAAGCAUCCCUGGUCCUGGGCGGGGGACCGCGAUAUAAUCCUAGCGACGAUCUGCCUCCGCACCCGACAGUGCGCCAGCGAAUUUUCCACUUUUAUAAGUGGUUCCUGCGCAACAUAUACCCAUCCGUGAACGCGGCAUAUUAUUUCUCGAUCUUGGCUUUUAACCUCGCCUACCUUUUCGAUAAUACGAAAUACUCCUCUCCUUUCCUUUGGCUGAUUGGAUCGCGCAUUCGUCGUCUCGGAGCUGCUGAUCACCGUGCUAUUGCUGAGGUGCUGGACCCGAAGCCUGCGCCAGGUGGUAACAGAUCUCAGCGCCCUGGGUCUGGCCUACUGGGUCUUCUUAGCCCCCAGAAUCUGUCCCCGCCUCUCCUCACCUCUCUACGCUACUUCCUCCCUGCAUCCAUCUUUGCGCUGAAGUUCCUGGAAUGGUGGCAUGCUAGUGACUUUUCGCGACAAUUAGCCCGCAAAGCAACCGAGGUUCUGGACCUCCCUGCGCCUGUCGUCUCUGGUCUGACAAACCCAGCUGAGCGAAGCAAGGCCGGCCAAGAAGAGAAGGAAAAGAAGCAGGCCGAAGAGAAGAAACCUGCUGGGGAUCUGAAAUCCGCUCUCAAACCACCCCGUCGCCAUCAACACCCGAUCUCUGCCACCUCAUAUCUCCCCAUAUUCACAGUCCCGUUACCACUAGCAGAUGCCUCCAGCGCGAACAUCUGUCCCGUCUGCCUGAAUACCCUCGUCAAUCCGACAGCUUGUCAAACAGGAUAUGUGUUCUGCUACGUCUGCAUCUUCCAUUGGAUCAAUGGUGAACACCAGCGCCAGCUGGAUUUCAUGAACGGAGAGGGAGCCGGUGCAGCCUGGGAAGAAGAAAUCAUGGACGAUGACGUGAAGGAUUCGGAUGAAAAUGAGGGAGAAAAGGGCUCUCGUAAGCGUGGUGGGAAAUGGGAGAGUGGUCGGGGAAGGUGUCCUGUUACUGGCAGGAGGGUCCUUGGUGGAACUGAGGGCUUGCGCCGUGUGCUGAUUUGA